AUGGUAAAACGAUUAUCAUCACCAAAUGGCAGCAUUGAGGGCAAAGUAAAACGGGCUCACUCGGAUACUCUCAUAGAACAAUCUUAUGAAGUGAGUGUCACUGAAACGUGGAUAGCAAUCGGAAGUUGCGCCACCACCUUGGGACUCACCACGGCCGCCAUCAAGUCCUAUGAUCUGGCCCUUUUGCAUACUCCAUCCAACCUGGCGGCCUUGUGUGGGUUGCUGUCUAGCUUGAGGAUUAACGACAUCAACUUGAACGAAACCGUAGGGUCUCAAAAAUCGAUAGACCAAUUGACAAAGUCCUUGGAGAAGUACCCAGACUUGAGCAAGAACUCCCAGGUGUUUAAGGAGUUGGCGGAAUGCUAUUUAUUGAUUGGAUUGAAUGACCAGGCUCACCAGUCCAUCCAGACUGCCAUUCAGUUGUCACCCCAUGACCCUAGCUUAUGGUUGCUCAGUGCACAGACUUUGAUCAGGGCGGGUGCAAGAAACCACGCCGCUGGUGCACUCACCUACUGCUUGUCUAUUUUGCCGGACUCCUUAAACCAAUUCAGUUCUAGCGAUGUUGAAACUGCCAGGGCGGCACACGCUGAGUUGGCCGCUAUCCUGGCCGCUGACGGUAACAUUGAAUUAUCCAUUGCAGAGUUGACUGCUACCUUGUCAUUACCUCCUCCACCCAUUUCCAGAAUCGAAGAGCACGUUGCCUUAUGGUGUGCCUUGGCCACUGCCAAAGAAAGAGCCAAUGACGUUGAAGGUGCACUCCAGGCCUGUGAAGGUGCCGAGAGAGCAGUCGGUGACAGCCCUCGUAUCCUCAUGACUCAUGCAUAUCUCUUAUUGUUGAACAAUCAACAACGGGAAGCUUACCACGCAAUUCACUUAUUAGAGAAGGCAAUUGCUAUUGAAAAUCCAAAGGGUGAAGAGCCCAACAAUGAUGGAGACUUUUUACCUUGGUAUCUUUUGGGUAAGGCAUAUCUGUUAUUAGACCUGCCCAGAGCAGCGUACGAUUCGUACCAAGUUGCCUUGAGGAGAGCCUCGAUUUCCCCCAUCACUUGGUUGGCUGUAGGAAAGCUUUACUUGGAAUUGAAGCAAUUGCCAGACGCUCUUGCUGCUUAUUCGCAAGCUUUGAGAUUACAGGUGGAUGAAGGCUCGCUAGGCACAGCCACAGCAUGGGAAGGAUUGUCAUGUGUGUAUGAAAGAUGUGACGAUCAGUUGAUGGAUGCAUCAGAUGCUUGUCAACGUUCUGCUGUAUGCUUCAGAGCAAUCGGAGACACUAAAAAUUCUUUGGAAUUAGAGAAAAGAGCUAGUUUAUUGGCUGAAGCAAGUAGAAAAGAGGGAGGAACUGCUCCGCCAAGUCUCAGGAAUCCACCGGAAGUUCCUAGUACUAUGUUAAGAGAUUUGGUUGCAUUGUUACCACAUGAAAGGAUUACCUAUGUACAAGGCAGAAUUGAAGAGGGCAGCGGCGAGGGUCAGCAACAAGCUCAACAGCAGCAGGCUCAGCAACAGCAGGCUCAACAGCAGCAGGCACAAGCUCAGCAGCAGCAGCAAGCUCAACAGCAACAGCAAGCUCAACAGCAGCAGCAACAACAAGCUCAACAGGCCCAGCAACAACAGGCUCAGCAACAAGCUCAACAGCACCAACAGCAACAGCAGCAACAGCUUCAAGCUCAUCAGCAACAGUCCCAUCCUCAGCACCAAUCACACCCCGUUCCUCCUCCUCAUCAACUCCCUCCUCCCCAUCAACAGGGACCACCGCAAAAUCACCAGCAGGGACCUCCCUCCAACAUUCAAACUCCAGUUGCUCCACACCAACCUGUACUUGGUCCACUGCCACCAAUGCGUCAAAAUGGAUCCAGCGCUUCACCGGUAUACUUCCAACCCGGUAACCAACCUCAUCUCUACCCACUUCAAAAGUCACCUAGACAGCAACAAGGUAUACACCAAGGAGGUCAACCACCCCAACAAGUUCCACCUCCGCAACCUGUCGGGCAACCUCAAUAUUUCUAUCCAGGUCCUGGGCCACAUGGUAGUGGGGGCCCACCUCCACCAAAUGUUGGACAAGCCCAUAGCCCUCAACAACCACAUCAGUCGCCACUUUUGCAUCACCGUCAACCAAACGGAAACUACUUCCAAGGACCUCCGCCCCCACCACCUCCAGGAUACGCAUAUGGACAAUAUGUACCAGUUCAAGGUAAUGUUGUUACUCACAUUCUGCAAUACGCACCUCCAGUCAACACUUGGAGAAGAUAA